AUGAGCAAAGAAAAAAGAGCUGAAAUAAACAAAGAAAAUUUGGAUACAAAUACAGUAAUUCUCAAUGUUGGCGGCAUAAAAUAUGAAACUUUACGCUCCACAUUGAUGGCCUAUCCAAACACAUUGCUCGGAACCAUGUUUUCCAGCCGAAAUAAACCACUCUUAAAACCCAUAAACGGGAACGAGUACUUCUUUGAUCGCAACGGUCGUGCAUUCCACUACAUCAUGGAAUACUAUCGCACCGGAAAACUACAUUUUCCCAGUCAAGCUGAUAAUAACAAUAAAUCAAAAGUCUGGGUAACAAAAGAAGAAAUUGAAACAGAGCUCGACUACUUUCUAAUUGAAGUUCAGUACAUGCACAAAAUUCAUCAAAUGAUGAGUGAACAUCUCAAUCAUUUCAUCAAGCUCAUGGAAGAAAGAGUGACCGAACAAAUGAUAAAAUGGAGAAGAAACUUGAAAAUUCGCGUCACUGAAUUCUCUAUUAUUGUAAAUCCUGGACUUGAUGAAGAGGAAUAUUUGUUUCGUCCUGGAAAAGAAGUCGCGUUUCAAAUUGCCGCUGAAUUCUUUAUAGAAAUUAAGCAGCAUUUCGAAAACUCGUUCACAGGUUUGAAGGUCAACUAUGUGCGGGAUCAGGAUUUCACUGAGUUUGAGUUUGAACUGAGAUAUGAUAGGAGAGAAGUAUUGAGAAUGUCUCAUUUGAAGGUGAUUCUUUAG